AUGUCAUCACCAUCCUCAUAUUCCCAAAGCAAAACCCAGUGUGCACUGUACCAGUUACAUCUUGUCAAAGCGGAGACUGCUAAAGCUUUCAUUCCCAAGGAGUUCAGAUUGGUUGAAGCUUUUGGGUAUACUCUUGGUGGAUUCUUCCUCGCUAGCUAUGAUGACAGUCCUGCUGGAACGUUUGAUGAGCUUGUGGUGAUUGCAGGCAUUGUAUGGAACCCACCUACAUCUUGCGCAUGGGCUGCUAGGGUGCUGGUGAACAGCGAUGAAGCUUGCAUUCAUGGAAGAAAGGACAUAGGGCUUCCAAGCCAAGUUGCCAAAUUUUCAAAGACUAUUAAAGCAGUUCCAAAAGCAACAAAAUCUACUAGCAGAAGCUUCCUUGAUACAUUUGGCGCCUUUGUUCCCAGUAGCCCAAAGAGUUCCAUGGAUAUACAAGUGACUGAAAUUAAGGGCCUUUCAGCAAUGAACUUAUGCAACAUCAACUUAAGCAUGGCUGGAGUUGAACUAUCCAGCAAGUGGAUGGGUCCUCAUAUCAAAAUGUCCCUUCCCAGCUUUAGUGGCCGUACCAAAUACAACUCAGACCUUCUCAAGUAUUCCUGCGAGAUUGAAUGCAGGGUGAGGGCUGUAGCACCUGCAAAAGUAUUAGCACUUUCUCCACCUCUCCCGGCAUCUGGCGCAGUGGAUAUGGAUGAAGAAGAAUCAACCAAAGGGUUGAGAAAAAAGAGAAACCUCAGCAUUUCAGUAUUGCUAUCGAAGCCAAUAUUUGCUCUGGAGUUUAAUUGCCUCAAAAUGAAAGUUGAACCACCUAAAGUUAUUUCCACUCCCCCUAAGAACUCUUUAAGACAUUAG